UUUUUUUUUUUUUUUGAGACAGAGUUUCACUCUGUCUCCAGGCUGGAGUGCAGUGGCACAAUCUCAGCUCACUGCACCCUCUGCCUCCCAGGUUCAAGCAAUUCUCCUGCCUCAGCCUCCCAAGUAGCUGGGACUACAGGCACACACCGCCAUGCCCGGCUUUUUUUUUUUUUUGUAUUUUAGUAGAGACAGGGUUUCACCAUGUUGCCCAGGCUGGUCUCAAACUCCUGAGCUCAGGCAAUCUGCCCACCUUGGCCUCCCAAAGUGCUAGGAUUACAGGCGUGAGCCACCACACCCGGCCAUGUGUUACUCUUUUAUGCCCCUAGAAUCUAAACUCCACCAAAGCAAUGAAAGGGUCUGUCCUGUCAUAGUCACCUCUUUUUUUUUUUUGAGACAAAGUUUCGCUCUUGUUGCCCAGGCUGGCGUGCAAUCGCACAAUCUCAGCUCACUGCAACCUCUGCCUCCCAUGUUCAAGCAAUUCUUCCACCUCAGCCUCCCAAGUAGCCAGGAUUACAGACGUGCACCACCAUGCCCGGCUAAUUUUGUACUUUUUAGUAGAGACAGAGUUUCAUCAUGUUGGUCAGGCUGGUCUUGAACUCCCAAACUUAAGUGAUCCGCCCACCUCAGCCUCCCAAAGUGCUGGGAUUACAGGCGUGAGCCGCUGCACCCAGCGCUGUCAUAUUCACCUCUUAUCCCCAAGUAGCCUCAUCUGUACCCUAGCUCACAGCAGGUGCUCAGUAAUUGGAAUGAAUUUGGAAUAUUCGGAUGGUCAAAAUAACUCAAAGAACAGCUCCCUUCAUUGUAUUUGAAAAUUUACAUGGAAAUUCAUGCUGGGCCAGUUUUUACUAAACAAAAACCUUCACAAGGCUGUGAUCCCUUGUAUCCAGUUUUGAUUGCUACCAUAAUAAGUCACCACAAUUUAGAAGCUUAAAACAACAGCAAUUUAUUCUCUCGCGGUUCUGUAGGUCAGAAGUCCUGGUACAGAGUGGCUCACGGGGUCCCCUGAUGAGGAUCUCCCAAGGCCACAGUCAGGUCGGCAGGGCUGCAUUUCUUUCCGGAGGCUCCAGGGAUGAAUCCACUUCCAAGCUCAUCCAGGUUGUUGGCCAGAUUUCAUUCUUUGUAGUUGCGGGGCUGACAUUCCUCUUUCCUGGCUGUCGGUGGAGAACCUCUCAGCUCCUCAAGGCCACUGCUUUCCUCGUCCUGUUGCCCUCCUACCAUCUUCAGACCAGCAAUUGCUUGUGGAGUCCUCAUAACUCCAGCUCUCCGACCUGACCUUCAGCCACAUCUCUUCUGCCUCUAGCUGAAGAAAGUUAAGGGCUAUGUGAUUACACUGGGCCCAGUCAGAUAAUCCAGCAUAAACUCCCUAAUUUUUUUUUUCAGAGACAGGGGUCUCACUAUGUUGCCCAGGCUGGUCUCAGACUCCUGGGCUUAAGUGAUCCUCCUGCCUCAGCCUCCAGAGUAGCUGGGACUACGGGCAUGCACCACUGCACUUGGCAUAAGCUCUCUAUUUUAAAGCCAGUAACCUUAAUCACACCUGCAACGUCUCUUUUGUUAUGUAAUCGCAUAUUCACAGGUUCCAAGGAUUGGGGCAGGAACAUCUUUGGGGACAUGAUUUUUCUGCCUGCCACAUUCCUACUGGGAGGAUAGAGACCUAAGUUUCAGACCCACCUCUCCUUUUUGGUGUGUGGACUCAGGAUGGGGAUUGCUUCACCUGUCUAAGCCUUAGUUUCUACUUCUUCUUCUUUUUUUUUUUUUUUUUUUUUGAGACAGCGUCUCGCUCUGUCUCCCAAGUACAGUGGCACAAUCAUGGCUCACUGCAACCUCACCUCCCCGGCUCAAGCAAUCCUCCCACCUCAGCCUCCCAAAUAGCUGGGACCACAGCCACGCACCACCACACCCAGCUAAUUUUUGUAUUUUUUGUAGAGAUGGGGUUUUGCCAUGUUGCCCAGGCUGGUCUUCAACUGUUGGGCUCAAGUAAUCUGCCGGCCUCGGCCUCCCCAAGUGCUGGGAUUACAGGCGUAAGCCACCGUACCCAUCAGUUUCUUCUGAAGAAGGGGUUCACACUAGCACUUAGGUCCUAGGAUCAUGGUGAAGAGUGAUUGCAUUCAUUCAUGCUAGGAGCUUAUCAGUGCCUGGUACACGGCAUUGUUAUCGUUGUGAUGACAGGGGCAGGGCCCACACACCUGCACCCUCGAGGGGGACGGAGAUGGGUCCCAAGGUCUGGGAUCUGGUCUUCAAUUUGGUAGGCCCAGAAAUUGAAUUUUCUGCUCACCCAGCUAGUUGGUGUUAGAGCCAUGAUUCAAACCCUGGCCUCACCAGUUCCAAAACCCCCUAUACACCAGGAGGUCCAGCUUCCAUAGACUCUAUCCCUGCUGCCUCUUUCAGUGGCAGUUGGGCUGAUGUCCCUCUGAGUCACAGCUGGCAGGAGGGAAACCUUUGGAUUCACAGAGUGAUAUGCUUAGGGAAUUACCCUCCUUUAAGCCUUGGGGGAGGAGAACUCCCCCAAGUGUAUAAAGUGUGUGCACAGACCUUGUCACCUCUUCCCUUCACUGCAGCCCUAUGAGGUACAAAUGAAUGAUUCCUAUUUCCAAAUGUGGUUAAUUGAGACCCAGAGAGGAUGGGGGAGAAGAUGCAAAAUGGAUUAAAUACCUGCGAUAUUCUCUUUUGUUUGUUUGUUUGAGACAGUCUCACUGUGUCACCCAGGCUGGAGUGCAAUGGCACAAUCUUGGCUCACUCCAACCUCCACUUCCUGGGUUCAAGCGAUUCUCAUGCCUCAGCCUCCCAAGUAGCUGGGAUUACAGGCACGUGCCGCCACUCCCAGCUAAUUUUUGUAUUUUUAGUAGAAACGGGGUUUCACCAUGUUGUUCAGGCUGGUCUCGAACUCCUGACCUCAGGUGAUCUGCUUGCCUUGGCCUCCCAAAGUGCUGGGAUCACAGGCAUGAGCCACCGCACCCGGCCAAAUACCUGCAAUGUUUUGAGCACCGUGCAGGGCGCUUUAUGUACAUCACCUUCACGAGACCCUCCUCCCCAAGUUACUUUCCUCAUUUCCUAGAGGAGAAAACAGCUCAGAGCAGGAGAGAAAUAUGCUCAAAGCUCAACAGCUGGAAAAAGACAGGACCGGGAAACCCUUCCUUUUCCAUCAGACGAGGUCCCCUCGUGAGGAGAACGUGCAGUCUGUGACUGGGGAGCUCCUCAGGGUCAAGGAUGCUCAUCUCUGAAUGCAACCCUUCCCCUGCAGACCUGGCAGGGUCUGCAAAUAGUGACAUUCUUUUUUUUUUUUUUUUUUUUUUUUUUUUUUUUUUUUUUUGGACAGAGUCUCGCUCUGUCGCCAGGCUGGAGUGCAAUGGCAUGAUCUCAGCUCACUGCAACCUCUCUGUGCCUCCCAGGUUCAAGCAAUUCUCCUGCCUCAGUCUCCCGAGUAGCUGGGAUUACAGGCGCCCGCCACCAUGCCCAGCUAAUUUUUGUAUUUUUAGUAGAGUCAAGGUUUCACCAUGUUGGCCAGGAUGGUCUCGAUUUCUUGACUUCGUCAUCCACCUGCCUCAGCCUCCCAAAGUGCUGGGAUUACAGGAGUGAGUCACCACGCCUGGCCAAAUAGUGACAUUCUAACCAUUGCCUGUGGAAUAGGAGACAUGCUUCUAUUGGUUGAAAUUGUCAUCCCUCAUGUAACCAGCCUGGGGAAGAACAUUCAAGGGGGCAUAACCCACUCCAUGGGCACAUACUGAGUCUUGGGCUCUGGUACAACCAGGGUUCUACUGAAAACUUAUCAUUUCCCAUUAGUGUUACCAUAGCAACACGAAUGUCUUCAUUCAUUCCCCUAGUGUAUGAACAGAGCUACACCCACCCCACCUGUUCUCCCAAGCCCCCUCAAAGUCCUUUCAUCUCUGAGAUUCUGUGAUUCAAUUAAUUAUCAGCAAUGCCUGCACUGCUUUUUGUCAUUUUCAUUUAUUCCAUCUGCUGAGUCACCGUGUCCUGCUCUAGAUGAGAGUGGUUAUUCACAACGGUUAUUCAGCCAUCGGUUGCCAUGGACACCGCACAGCCUGCUUCCUUCAUCACCCAUUAAUUCUCAGCAAGGCUGGCUGUAAGCAUGGGUACCACUGCAGUUACCCAAUACCCAAGGGGAUCAAACUCUCCCAGAAAAGGAGGGGGCCCAAUGACGCAUGAACAGGAGCAAAAUCUCUGCUCUCAACAGUGGAAAAAUAAAAAACAGCCAACGGCUCAUUACAUCUGGUCACACCAUGUGGAGGCAGCAGUUUAUCAAAUAAGUCAACAAGACGAGAUGCAGCGACUAUGUGUGUAUGUGCUGAUCUUUGCACUGGCUCUGGCCGCCUUCUCUGAAGCUUCUUGGAAGCCCCGCUCCCAGCAGCCAGAUGCACCCUUAGGUACAGGGGCCAACAGGGACCUGGAGCUACCCUGGCUGGAGCAGCAGGGCCCAGCCUCUCAUCAUCGAAGGCAGCUGGGACCCCAGGGUCCCCCACACCUCGUGGCAGACCCGUCCAAGAAGCAGGGACCAUGGCUGGAGGAAGAAGAAGAAGCCUAUGGAUGGAUGGACUUCGGCCGCCGCAGUGCUGAGGAUGAGAACUAACAAUCCUAGAACCAAGCUUCAGAGCCCAGCCACCUCCCACCCCACUCCAGCCCUGUCCCCUGAAAAACUGAUCAAAAAUAAACUAGUUUCCAGUGGAUCAAUGGACUGUGUCAGUGUUGUAGGGCAGAGGAGGGGGACUCAUCUGGGGGUGAAGUUGUGGCAGGGAGAAGAGCUGAGUGCCUCUUAGGGGCAGGGACUCUGGCUGAUUCUUCUUGGGUCCCCCAGAGCCCCACAUUGAACGAGAAUCCACAGGUAUGGGCAGGAUAAUAUAUGGUAGGGUUCAUAGCCAGAGUAACCUUUUAUUUUUAUUUUUUUUUUAUUUUAUUUUUGAGAUGGAGUUUCGCUCUUGUCUCCCAGGCUGGAGCGCAGUAAUGAGACCUCGGCUCACUGCAACCUCUGCCUCCUAGGUUCAAGCGAUUUUCCUGCCUCAGCCUCCCAAGUAGCUGGGAUUACAGGUGCCCGCCACCACACCUGGCUAAUUUUUUUGUAUUUUUAGUGGGGACGGGGUUUCACCAUGUUGGCCAGGCUGGUCUUGAACUCCUGACCUCAGGUGAUCCACCCGCCUCGGCCUCCCAAAGUGCUGGGAUUACAGGCAUGAGCCACCGCGCCCAGCCUCAGAGUAAGCUUUUUAAAAGAUAAACCUUGUCACACUUGGUUUUAACGUUGCAAUGUUUCCCAGUGCACUUAGAAUACAACCUGAACUCCCUGCCACAGCCCUGAAAGCUAGCCCUGAGGUUCUCCUCCCACUGUGCGCCAAGUGGCUUCCUUCUCUUUGUCCUCUCGGUCCUUUCCCUUACACAGACAUGCCAUGUUCUCUCUUGCUCAGAGCCUCCGACCUCGCCAUUCCCUGUGCCUGCAACGCUCUUCCCCAGGCACAGAUAUGGUGGGCUCCCCUUUCCUCCUUAGCUCUUGGGUGAAAUGCCUCUUCCUGAGAGACCUACCCUUUCUGCUCCUCACCCUUCACACAUAGACCCAGUUAUUCUCUACCACAGGGUCAAAUAAAAGAGAAAAAAUCAAGCUUUUUAAAGAAUGAAUGCUAGUUGUGUUCAGAAGUCUUACAGAGGACUAUAGAUUGAGGCCUCCAGCCCAGGAGCAGGCUCUGGCACAAUGUUUCAGCCCAUUGCUUAUAUACAGCUGGGGGCUAAAGGUGGAGGUUCCGUAUGUGCAAAAUCCCAUCAGACUUGCUCAGAAUUACAUGACAGCAGAAUCACAGCAAGGUUUGGGUCCUAGAUCACAGAGGCAUCAUCACUAACCUCGUCAGAUGUCAUCUUGGAAAUGUUCUGUGUCAGAAAAGCCAGGGACUAGGAUUAUUUCUCUUUUAAGAAACAUGAAGACACAAGCCGGGCGCAGUGGCUCACAUCUGUAAUCCCAGCACUUUGGGAGGCCAAGGAGGGUGGAUCACUUUAGGUCAGGUGCUCGAGACCAGCCUGGCCAACAAGGUGAAACCCCGUCUCUACUAAAAAUACAAAAAUUAGCCAGGCAUGUGGCUGUAGUCCUGGCUACUCGGGAGGCUGAGGCAGGAGAAUUGCUUGAACCCGGGAGGCAGAGGUUGCAGUGAGCCGAGAUUGUGCCAUGGCACUCCAGCCUGGGCAACAGAACAAGACUCUCUUUCAAAGAAAAAAAAAAGAAGAAGAAGAAAAGAAAAGUAGUGACUCAGCCAAGAGACAUGGGAGGGCCUCAGGCUCUCUCCUGUGCUGUCUUCAAAGCAUCUUUCCGGAGGGCUGCACGUCUGUCUUUAGUCACAGAGUCAGGUGCUUUGUGAAACUGUGCCGACAAGCAGAAAGGAGCAAACACAGCUUCUUAAUGUUUGUUGCUUUGUCUCACAACAGCAG